UUUUCCGACCACCAUCUUCCUUGUCACCCCUAAUACCCUUUCCGUUCUGUCAUGGCAUCUGCAAAGGCAAAGUCCUCUUCCACUGCUAACGGCGCUGCAAAGGCAAAGAAGGAGCCCGCUACAAAUGGAACGGCACCAUCAGUGCAGAAAAAGGACACGUCGGAGGCUUCUUCCCAUGCGCCAUCGACAGGUAAACCGGACAAGAAGGCGUAUGAGGCUGAACAGGACAGAAUAAAGGGCGAAAUAGAUGCUCUCCAAGUAAAGCUGUCCGCCGUACGGGACAAAAUCUCACUCACGACCAAGGGCGGCACUGGCAACGAGCGGCGGAAUCAAUUGCGCAGUGAACUUGAUGGUAUUCGUAGUCAACAGUCCAGUAACAAGGCCUCGAGAGGAAAGAUCCUGGAUCAGCUUAAAGCUCACCAGGAUAGCAUACAGAAAAAGAUUAAGGACCUUCAGGCUGCACAAUCAAAGAUUCCGUUCAAAAAUGUUGACGAGGUUGAUGCUCGGAUCAGAACAUUGGAAAAACAAGUCGAAUCCGGUAACAUGAAGCUUGCGGAUGAAAAACGGGCCGUCCAGGAAAUCAGUACAUGCAAACGGAACAGACGCACCGUAGAGAGCUUCCAGGCCAUUCAGGAAUCCAUCGAGGCUGACCGUCAUUCUGUCGACGAGCUCCGCAAACAACUCGACGAUCCUGAAUUCAAAGCCACGGGAGACGAGGCCUAUGCCGGCCGUGCCAAGUUGUUUGAAGAACGGGAUGGCCUCCAAGCUGAGAUCAAUGCACUCUUCAACGAGAAGCGCGACUCGGCACAAAAGUUCCGCGAAGCCAACGACCGGUAUUGGACUAAAGUCAAUGAGGACCGGGCGAGGCGUGCUGAGAAGGCUCGGGCUCAACGCGCCGCUGAAGAGGCGGAGAAGCGGAGAGAGGCGGCACAGCGUCUGCGGGAAGAGGCAGAGAUUCCCGCAUACCAGGCCCAGAUCGAAGACUGCCAGACUCUUAUCGAUUACCUCUCAGGCAAGAACACUGGCCCGGCUAAGCUUAACAGCGUACCUGCUGAGAAGGUUGAGGUAGCUGGUGUGCCCAAGCUGGAGCUCAGGAAGGUCGAGGCGGCACCUGAGGGCGCAGUUGUCCGGAAGAAGAAGGGCGAGGACGAGGACAGCUACUUUGUGGCCAAGGGCAAGGGAAAGGGAAAGAAGCACGCUCCCAAACCGGCUAGCACACCAGAACCUACAUCUGGUGAACUCAAUAUCGACUUGCCCAGGCUCUCUGCACUCUUAUCUCUCUCCAUUCCCCCUCCAGACUCUGCCGCAGAUGUAACUCGUGUCAUCUCGGACUUGCAGACUAAGAAGGCGUGGUUCGAGGUAAACCAAGCCCGUGUCACAGCCGAGAACAUCGCCAAAGCGGAGGCCGAGAUUAAACGUCUAAGCGCGAAGGAGGUUGUUGAAACACCGGUCGCCACUCCUAGUGUUGGAGAACAAGAUGAACCUGCAUCGACGACUUCAUCAGCAGCAGCCCCUAGCGACGUUACAGAGGCAAGGAUUGAUGCUGUGCAGGAGGUCAAGGAGUCAGAUUCGUGAUGAGUUGGAUGAUUAGUUACCCUGCGGAUAUAUCUUCUCAACAUAGUAAUCGAAACCUAUCUCAUUUAAGU